AUGGGAGAGAUCCACGACCCUUGGCACCGCGUCCGGGUGUGGCUCAGCACGUUCAACACCGCCGAGGAGGCCGCCAAGGUGUACUACUCUGCAGCCGCCCCGCCACCCAAGAAGAACCACUCUGACAACAACCUUGCCUCCAUCUCGGACGCGUGCGACUCCAGCGAUGAGUCGCGCAACCUCUCCUCCCCGACGUUUGUCCUCUGCUGCUCCUUCUCUGUUGAUCUACCGCUAGCCGGUGGACUUCAAGCCACCGCAGCCGCCCAUCUAAACUCCCCUUCCAGCCCUUCUUUCCCCUUCGUUGGCCCCCUCAAUCUCACCUGCGGCCGUGUAGAAAUCUGUCAACAAAAAACUGUUGCCGAUCGACCGUUCUGCGACCAUAGCAUCGCCGGCUUCUCCCAAAGUGGGACUGGUUCCAGCGACUGGUUUCGGCUUACCUUCUCUCCUCAUCUCUGCCAUACACGUGACUAG